CCUUACCCAACAUCUCUUCCCUCAAUAUGGAUUCCACUACUGCCCAUAAUGGCUUCUCAUCAGCCACCACCGAUUCUCACACUCUCCAUGGCCAUAAGGACUUCGGCGAAAUUACUCCCGAAAAGCUGGCAAUCAUGAAGCUGAGAUCUUCUGAGUACGAUGAUGAUAUCUUCUCUGACCCGGGCACUCCAUCUGCUGGGCUCGGCAAGCUUCAUAGCAGCCGUAGUGUCGCUGGAGGCCGAUCUUCCUUGGCUCGCACCAGCCGCCAGGUCAGCUCCUCAGCUCGGCGCCAGAGCAAUUUCAUGCACUCGCACCGCAGCAAGAUGUCAAUGGAGUUGACUGGCCAGGCGGAGUCCAAGUUCUUCAGCUUGAUUGAGCUCAUGUCGAAUGCUUCGCGUGAGGCAUCUUCGCUGAAAGAGUACUGGUCUCGACUCAUGUCGGACCGCGAGUCCUUUGAUCGCGAGCGAGAGGAGCUUAUGCUUCAGAUUGAGGAGAUCAACGAAACUCUCGAGCAGAAGGAGACUCAGCACCACCACCACGGACGUGAGCUUGGUGAGCGCAGGAAGGAGAUCGAGAAGCUUCUUAUCGAGCUCUCUGCUGCCCUGAACAGUGUCAAUGAGCAGAAGAGAAAGGUUGCUGACCGUGACCACGCGCUCGAGAAUGUGCGCAAAGAACUCAGCGAAGUCAGAAUUCAAAGCUCUCGUCUGCAGAUUGACUUCGACAAGGGCAAGUCUGACCACCAGGGCAUUCUUGACAAGCUUCGCAAUGUCGAGAGCGAGCGUGAUCACCAUAGAGAGGAGUCCGAGAAGCACCGCAGCGAGCUCCGGAUCAUUACACGUGACCAGACCGAUAUCAAGAGCAAGAACACCGAGCUCACCUCCAAGCUUGAGUUGGCCCGGAAGGAGAUCCACACUCUCACCGACCGCAUCAAGUCCUUGGAGCGCGAGCGGGAUUCAUCGCUCAUCGAGAAGGACCGUCUUCUGGAAGAGGUCAGGAAGCACAGCAACAAGUCUGAGGAAAUCAGCAGAGAGCUUUCAGACCUUGUCGAACGCUACGAGAGACUUCAGCGUGAGAACCGGCAGACCAGAGAGAGCAUCCGCAUGAUCGAGGGCGAGCGCGACGAUCACCACAGCACCAUCGAGCGCCUUCGAACUGAGAUCAGAGGCAAGAGCACCAGCAUCGAGGAGGUCGAGAAUCGUCUUGCCGACAUUGUCCUCAAACAUGAACACUCGAAGAGGGAGGUCUCCGGCAAGGACGACCGCAUCAGGGAACUCGAAUCUGAUAUCCACGAUCUCCAGCACCGGCUUGAGCGCUCUCAGGAGGAGCAUCGCACGAUCAUCAUCGAGCGUGACCAGUUCCGUGAUGACCUGGACAACGAGCGCCACAAGGCUCAUGAUGGCGAUCACCGCCACCGUGGUCUGCAGGACAGCCUAACCAAGGCUGAGUCUACCUUGAUUGAAGUCCGAGCUGAGGUCUCAUCCGCGAACGAGCGCAUCAAGCUUAUUGAGCGUGAACGUGACGAGCACCGCGACAAGAACGGCCACCUCCACCACGAAAUCACCUCUCUUCACGAGAAGCUCACCCUCCUCCAAGCCGAAACCAAAACCCUCAUCGGCCACCGCGACCGCGCGCACAAGGAGCUCGACGACUACCGUCGCCGCUACGAAGAAGUCAGCGAGACCAUCACCGAAUACGAAAACGGAGGCGGCGAGCUGGAAUUCGAAAUCGAAUCCCUCCGCACCAUGCUCCGCGAAUCUCGCGAGCAAAAGGAACGCGCCAUCUCAGCGCGUGCCACUGCCGACCGCGAACGCGACGAGGCUCUGGCCAAGUACGAGGAGAAGUGUCGUGAAAUGGAACGUUGGGAGGAGAGUCGCAGCAGUUAUCUUCACGCCCAUUCUUCGGGGUUCGCGGGAGGGAAGAGCUCUACGCGCACCGUGACGCGGAAUGGUACGUCGAGUUCGUUCCGUUCGUCGCAUGGUCAUGGUCAUGGUCAUGCACAGAAGCAUGAGAGUACUACCGUUGAUGGCGAGUGAGAGGGACGCUGAUUGUUCUGUCUUUUUUGUAGAUGGUACGUCCUUUGCUUCUCCUGAUAGCAGGCCGAGUUCGAGGUUGAGUAGGCGGGGGAGUAUGAAGGAUUUCUUUUCGAAAGUAAGGACGAGUUGGAGGGGGAGGGAGUGAUUGUGUUGUAUAUAGUAAUGUAAUGGAGUUGUUGAGGUUUUUGUC